UCAUGGCUGAAUGACACAUUUUAAGCAUAUGGUAUUAAAAAACAAAACACCCAUCUGUUUGGCUGUUAGAGUCUUUGGUCUUACUUCUUUGAUCUGUUGGAGAACAUCAAUUGACAGGCCAUAAAGUGGCAGUUAAAAUCUUAAAUAGACAGAAGAUUCGCAGUUUAGAUGUUGUUGGAAAAAUAAAACGAGAAAUUCAAAAUCUAAAACUCUUUCGCCAUCCUCAUAUUAUCAAACUGGCACUAUGAUGUUAAGAUGUCCAAGAUGAGGAGGAACCAGCAGAAGAGAAUGAAAAUGAACAGUUACAAGGUUGGAGGAAAACCAGGAGAAUCUGGUAUCUUGAAGUCUAGUGAAGAACGUAUUUGAUGGAUCAGCCAAAUAAGACCAUGGAAUCCUCUACAGGACAAGCCACUGGUUUCUUCAACAAAAGAAUGCAAAAGAAAACAGAGAUACCAGGUGAUCAGCACUCCAACAGAUUUUUUUAUGGUAAUGGAAUAUGUGUCUGGCGGUGAAUUAUUUGACUACAUCUGUAAACAUGGACGGGUUGAAGAGGUGGAAGCAAGGCGCCUCUUCCAGCAGAUUCUGUCAGCUGUGGAUUACUGUCAUAGGCAUAUGGUAGUUCAUCGAGACCUGAAACCAGAGAAUGUGCUGUUGGAUGCUGACAUGAAUGCCAAGAUAGCGGAUUUUGGAUUGUCUAAUAUGAUGUCGGAUGGUGAGUUUCUGCGAACUAGUUGUGGAUCUCCCAAUUAUGCAGCACCUGAAGUCAUCUCAGGCAGAUUGUAUGCAGGUCCUGAAGUUGAUAUCUGGAGCUGUGGUGUUAUCUUGUAUGCUCUCCUUUGUGGCACCCUUCCAUUUGAUGAUGAGCAUGUACCUACAUUAUUUAAGAAGAUCCGAGGGGGUGUUUUUUAUAUCCCAGAAUAUCUCAAUCGUUCUGUUUGCACUCUGUUGAUGCAUAUGCUGCAGGUUGACCCCCUGAAACGGGCAACUAUCAAAGAUAUAAGAGAGCAUGAAUGGUUUAAACAAGAUUUGCCCAGUUACUUAUUUCCUGAAGACCCCUCCUAUGAUGCUAACGUCAUUGAUGAUGAGGCUGUGAAAGAAGUGUGUGAAAAAUUUGAGUGUACAGAAUCAGAAGUAAUGAACAGUUUAUAUAGUGGUGACCCUCAAGACCAGCUUGCAGUGGCUUAUCAUCUUAUCAUUGACAAUCGGAGAAUAAUGAACCAAGCCAGUGAGUUCUACCUCGCCUCUAGUCCCCCAACUGGUUCUUUUAUGGAUGAUAGUACCAUGCAUAUUCCCCCAGGCCUGAAGCCUCAUCCAGAAAGGAUGCCACCUCUUAUAGCAGACAGCCCUAAAGCAAGAUGUCCAUUGGAUGCGCUGAAUACAACUAAGCCCAAAUCUUUAGCUGUGAAAAAAGCCAAGUGGCAUCUUGGAAUCAGAAGUCAAAGCAAACCAUAUGACAUUAUGGCCGAAGUCUACCGAGCUAUGAAGCAGCUGGAUUUUGAAUGGAAGGUAGUGAAUGCAUACCAUCUUCGUGUAAGAAGGAAAAAUCCAGUGACUGGCAAUUAUGUGAAAAUGAGCUUACAGCUUUACCUGGUUGACAACAGAAGCUAUCUUUUGGACUUUAAAAGCAUUGAUGAUGAGGUGGUGGAGCAGAGGUCUGGUUCGUCAACACCUCAGCGUUCCUGUUCCGCUGCUGGCUUACACAGACCCAGAUCAAGUUUUGAUUCUGUAACAGCAGAGAGUCAUUCACUCUCUGGCUCUCUUACUGGCUCCUUGACAGGAAGCACACUGUCUUCUGUUUCACCUCGCCUAGGCAGUCACACCAUGGAUUUUUUUGAAAUGUGUGCUAGUCUGAUCACUACUUUGGCCCGUUGAUGAUGUUUCUCUAGUUUGUCUUUGUUAUUGCACUGUGAAAAUCAGAUAUAUUCUUAAAAUCAUUAUUUUACUUAUGGGUAUCACAUCCUCUGGAAUACUGAUCGAGAGUCAUGAAUAUUUCCAGGGGACACUCAAUGCCAUUGACAUUACUGAAAACAAAAA